CCAGGUAGCUCCAUAUACGGAUUGGAGAGGCACUUUGCAGCCCCUCUGGCACUAAGUCUUGCUAGGGCGCACAGAGGGGCAGUGCCAUGUACGCUCCUGACAAACGUAUGCUCCUGAACGAAGAGAACCAGACUUUGGUGUUCACUGUCACCACUGACCUAAUGAUGGGAACAUCUGGAAACAGCACCGACCACCAUAACGGAUCAGAUCCGUUUGCAAGGAACGAGGAGGUGGCACAAAUAGAGAUAAUGGUUCUGAGCAUCACCUUCGUGGUUGCUGUGAUUGGGAACGUAAGCGUCCUGCUGGCCAUGUACAACACAAAGAAGAAGAUGUCGCGAAUGCACCUUUUCAUCAAACACCUGAGCCUGGCCGAUCUGGUGGUUGCUUUCUUCCAGGUGCUGCCACAGCUGUGCUGGGAAAUCACCUUCCGCUUCUACGGCCCAGACUUUCUCUGUAGGAUUGUGAAGCACCUCCAGGUGAUGGGAAUGUUUGCGUCCACCUACAUGAUGGUGAUGAUGACCCUGGAUCGUUACAUUGCCAUCUGCCACCCUCUGAAAACCCUACAGCAGUCCACACGACGCUCGUACAUCAUGAUCAUCUCCACGUGGAUAUGUAGCCUGGUGCUCAGCUGUUCACAGUACUUCAUCUUCUCCCUGAGCGAGAUCCAGAACGGCUCGGGCGUCUACGACUGCUGGGCGCGCUUUAUCGAGCCCUGGGGCGCCAGGGCGUACAUCACCUGGAUAACCGUGGGCAUCUUUCUGGUGCCCGUGGUCCUUCUCAUGAUGUGCUACGGGUUUAUCUGCCACAGUAUUUGGAAGAAUAUUAAAUACAAGAAAAGAAAAACGACGGCUGGUGCUGCAAGCAGGAAUGGACUGAUUGGAAAGAACUCGGUCAGCAGCGUUACAACUAUCUCAAGAGCCAAACUGAGAACCGUUAAAAUGACUUUUGUGAUCGUUUUGGCGUACAUUGUUUGCUGGGCACCGUUUUUCAUCGUGCAGAUGUGGUCUGUGUGGGAUGAAAACUUCCAGUGGGAUGAUUCAGAGAACACAGCAGUGUCUCUGUCUGCACUCCUUGCCAGUCUCAACAGCUGCUGUAACCCGUGGAUAUACAUGAUCUUCAGCGGCCACCUCCUCCAGGAUUUUGUGCAGUGCUUCUCGUGUUGCCGCAAAAUCAACACCGACUUCAAGAAAGAAGACUCAGAUAGUAGCCUCCGCAGAACGACUUUGCUGACUAAGAUGACCAAUCGGAGCCCAACAGCGAGAACCUUUUUUUCCAGGAAUCCUGAUGCUUUCAAAGGUUGUUGUGCCUCCCCGCAGUGCUGCCGAACACCCUUUCCUGUUAAAGUGUUUACAAAGAUAAAACCCAUAUAGCAGCCGAGAUGUGUGUAGUGAUGGUGAAAACGACUCUUCCAGACCACUCGUCUCCAAGUAACCAAGGCAGUCACCUCAUCCUUUGUGUUUAGCUUUCCGUUUUUCUUGUUUUUCUUAGAACCACAUUUUAGUGGCUUGUAAAUCUGAUUUGAACCUUUUGCUCUGACCUGAGGGAAAAAAGUAAAAUAAAAUAAAAAAAAAGGGAAGCAUGUGGAGUUACAUUUAUCAGCCAGAUUUUUGUGGUUAUGUGCACUUUUAUGAUUUGUUGAAGGAAUUGUUUCAUGUUGCACAAGACAGUCCUAAAUUUGAUGGCUUUCAUUUCUUCUCAGCAUUGGUAAAUGAGAUCUCCUUCAAGUUUUGUGGACACACACACACACACACACACACACACACACACACACACACACACACACACACACACACACACACACACACAGAGAGAGAGAGAGAGAUAGAAAGCAGGGGGCUCUGAUGAAGUGAGACUGACCACUGCUGGAUAAGUCAGCCCACCUUCUCACAAACUGUUCCCAUGUCUUUCAUAAAAUCUUGGGAAGAAGCUCACACAUUCCACACACAACACGUCAGCACACUUCCUGAUUUUCCUCAGACAUCCUGCACCACUGGAGGUUCUGAGUUUUGGCUUCAUUUGCACUCGAGAUAAACAAUUUCCUGGAAAUCAAUGUGAUAUGUGACACCACAAUGGUUGUCGGAUUAAAAAUAAUCCCCCCCACAAAAAAGCUAUAUUGAAUCAAGAUUGUACAUAGAUGUUGUGUAUAUAUGUGUGCACUGUGUAUCAAAGUAUGUACAUAUCAGUUCAAAUGUUGCAUAUUUGUAUAUUAAAAGCACUUAAAUGUCUGUAAAUAGGAGUAAUAUAUGUAAAUCUAUUGGGCAUGAGUUGCUGGUCUGUAAUGGCUUGUGCAAAUCUUUAAGAGGUAACUUACUGUAACACCUUAUGUUGAAAUAUACACGCCAAUGUACUAAAUAUUACGUUGUCUUUGUUCCUGUUUUUACUACAUGGAACAUUUCAUAGUUUGUGCUUCAUGAAGCUGGUGCACAGCCACAGAAAUUUAUGUGUGUUAUUUCUGUUGAAAAUGAAGUGCUUUGUGAAGUCAUGUCUCUUGCCAAUCUAAGCACUUGAAGCUUGCCAAGCUCUGGGAUUAUGCAACUGCUUGACCUUUCAAUUGAAAACGUGUGAAUGGGAAAUUCUGCUAAUGAGCAGCCUUUUGUCAACAUGUUGUCCACCCCCAUACUGAUGGAUAAUAUAUGUCCCAAUAGAAUGAA